CCUGUGCGAGGGGCAGGGCCUGCCCCGCCUAUGCCCGCCCCACGGAGGCCGCGCCCCCACCUCCCUCGCUGCGUGACGGCGGGUGGGCCCCAAGCACGGACGACGCAGCACGCCGCCGGAAUGGGGCUAUCGCCGUGGCCCCGGCUGCUGCUGUUCGGGUGCUUCGCGCUUCUCCUGCUGCCUUCCGACGUAGCGGAGUUCAGCCCCUCUCUGGACAGCGACUUCACCUUUACGCUUCCCGCCGGCCGCAAGGAGUGUUUCUACCAGCCCAUGCGCAAAGAGGCCUCACUGGAGCUCGAGUACCAGGUUCUAGAUGGAGCAGGAUUAGAUGUUGAUUUUCAUCUACUGUCUCCAAAAGGUGAAACUCUAGUUUUUGAUGAAAGAAAAUCAGAUGGAGUUCAUACGGUUGAAACAGAAGAUGGAGACUACAUGUUCUGCUUUGAUAACACAUUCAGUACCAUUUCUGAAAAGGUGAUUUUCUUUGAACUGAUACUGGACAAUAUGGGAGAAGAUGGACAAGAUCAGGAAGACUGGAAGAAGUACGUUACAGGCACAGAUCUCCUAGAUAUGAAACUUGAAGACAUUCUGGAAUCCAUCAACAGCGUGAAAGCAAGAUUAAGCAAAAGUGUUCAAAUCCAGACCCUCCUCAGAGCAUUUGAGGCUCGUGACCGAAAUAUACAAGAAAGCAACUUUGACAGAGUAAAUUUCUGGUCCAUGGUCAACUUGGGAGUUAUGGUGGUGGUAUCAGCUGUUCAAGUUUAUAUGUUGAAAAGUCUCUUUGAAGAUAAGAGGAAAAGUAGAACUUAAUAUUCAGUAUAAGACUAUAACAGGUAUGCAGGGAGAGGGGGAGCAAUAAACUAUUACAGUAAAUUAAAAAACCCCAACACAUGACCUUUCAGAUCCUUUUGAACAGUAGACAUCAGAUUUUCAACUCCUGUAGGACUUCCUGGUUUGGUGGUGGCAGUAGGGGUAUCCCUGGGUGGUUCAUUUGGUGGGGGGAAGGUGU